AUGGAAUCAGUGCAAAACAAAAACAGUUUCUUUCCAGCUUUUCAGUGUUUAAGUAUUCCAAUAACUCUGCAAAAAGAAAUUUCCGUCGAUCAAGAGGGAAAGGAAGUUGCAAGAUGUGGCUUUAAAAUUGGAGGUGGUAUCGAUCAGGAUUUCACUAAAUCUCCACAAGGUAUCUGUAAAUUAUUUACAAAUUUUUUUCUUAUCUCUGAAAGUAUUAAUGAAUUGUCAUUGUUUUUAGGAUAUACUGAUUACGGCAUUUAUGUCACUGACGUUACACAAGAUUCUCCUGCAUCCCGGGCUGGAUUGCGAGUUCAUGAUAAAAUAUUACAGUGUAAUGGUUACGAUAUGACUCUAUGUACU